CACACGGGUGAUUUUCUGUGCGUACAGGUGCGCCUGUACGUUUGUUUGCAGCGAAGAAAUGCGCUUUUUAUGAGUGCACGCGACGUGUUUGCGGAGAGGAACGUGCCGUACAGAUGACAGAGUGAACGUUAACUCCGACACAACGACGACGGCUCGGUUCGGGGUUUUCGUCCUCCCCCCGAACAGCACCGCGCGCGCGAGGCUGUGAGGAUCAAAGGAGACCGACACAUCUGAUGUCUAACAUGAAAGCUGCCGCCGACAGUGUGUCGCUCACAGAGAGUGCAUGCCGUGUUCCUGUUCACCGCUUUGCUGUGGAUGACUGAUGCCACUUCAGCCCGUGCCAUCAUCAUCAUCAUCCUCGUCGUGAUUGGAGUUUGGCUGCUCGCUGAGCCACCGCUCAGAGAGAACCUCCUGAUGGCGACUCCAGCAGAGAUGUUCUCCUGAAGCCACAUGAGAUAACUGAGGACUGGUCCACCUGUACCGGAUUUCAGCCUCUCUGCUCUUUGGCACUCAUGUGGGUCACAGCUGGAUUCUAACCCACAACCUCACCAGCAGCUGGAUCCACCUCCGAAGGAGAUGGCUCGCUCAGGAUCAGGGGUUCUGGGGCCGGUCAGUGGGCUGGCGUACCCUCCUCAGAACCUGGCCAGGGUGGUGGUUUGGGAGUGGAUGAAUGAACACGGGCGCUGGAGGCCCUACAGCGCCGCCGUCUGCCACCAUAUUGAGAAUGUACUGAAGGGGGACGCCCGGGGAACCGUAGUCCUGGGUCAGGUGGAUGGCCAGCUGUCUCCUUACGUCAUUGAUCUGCAGUCCAUGCACCAGUUUCGACAGGACACAGGCACCAUGAGACCAGUGCAGAGAAACUUUUAUGAGCCAUCAUCUGCCCCGGGAAAAGGCGUGGUGUGGGAGUGGGAGAAUGACAACGGUUCUUGGACGCCGUAUGACAUGGAGAUCUGUGUGACGAUCCAGAAUGCCUACGAGAAGCAGCAUCCCUGGCUGGAUCUGACAACUCUGGGCUUCUGCUACCUCAUAGACUUCAACAGCAUGUCUCAGACCAACCGACAGACCCAGCGUAAGCGACGUCUGCGGAGGCGAAUGGACCUGGCUUAUCCGCUCAUCAUGGGCUCCAUCCCAAAGUCCCAGUCCUGGCCUGUGGGCUCCAGCUCUGGCCAGCCUUGCUCCUGUCAACAAUGUAUCCUGGUCAACAGCACGAGAGCUGCUUCAAAUGCCAUUCUGGCCUCUCAACGGCGUAAACUCUAUGGAGGGAUCACAGGCAAUCCAGGAGCUACAGGGACCCUGACCAUAGUGCCGCAAAGCAACACCUUUGCCGGAACUUCCCUCUGGUCUGUGACGACGUCCUCUUCUGGGUCCAACAACAACAACAUCAGUGUGGGAGGUGGACACGCCAAAAUGGAACAGGUGCAGGUGCCGCUGUCUGCUGCCAACUUUCCUUGUUCUCCUGUGAUGCCGUCCCUUGCAUCUGCUCAUGCUCGCCACUCGCUCACCAUUAAUGGACAGAACAACUUGAACCGGCCAGGCACCCAGCACAUCUCCAUGGGCACCGCCAGGGGAGCCAUCCCGCCAGGGGUUCCUGCUCUCCCUGUGAAGAACCUAACUGGAUCUGGACCCAUGCACCCAGCUCUAGCCGGUAUGACGGGUAUCCUGAUGUGUGCUGCCGGUCUGCCAGUCUGUCUGACUCGGGCCCCAAAACCCAUACUGCACCCGCCGCCCAUCAACAAGGGCGACAUGAAGCCGGUCCCAGGGAUCAACGGCAUGCGCCGCAAAACCAAGAAGAAGCACCUGAAGAGAGGGAAAAACCCAGAGGACGUAGUGCGACGAUACACAGAGAAGAUUAAAGUGAUGCCAGAUGAGGACUGUACCAUCUGCAUGGAGAGGCUGGUGAUGUCAUCUGGCUACGAUGGCAUCCUGCAGCACAAAGGCAUCAAGCCAGAGCUGGUGGGCAAACUUGGCAAGUGUGGGCACAUGUACCAUUUGCUGUGCCUGGUGGCCAUGUACAACAACGGCAAUAAGGACGGCAGUCUUCAGUGUCCCACGUGUAAGACCAUCUAUGGGGAGAAAACAGGAACGCAGCCUCCUGGGAAGAUGGAGUACCACGUCAUCCCCCACUGCCUGCCGGGACACCUGGACUCCAAGACCAUCCGCAUCGUCUAUGAUAUUCCCGCUGGCAUCCAGGUCAGGAUUCUCUUUGAAUCUUUAACCAAUGAGCACCCCAACCCUGGGAAGAGUUCAGCGCCCGAGGGUCCUCGACACUGCUACCUCCCAGAUAACGAGAAAGGCAGGAAGGUCCUCAAGCUGCUGAUCACGGCUUGGGACAGACGCCUCAUCUUCACCAUUGGCACCUCCAGCACCACGGGCGAGUCGGACACGGUGGUGUGGAACGAGAUUCACCACAAGACAGAAUUUGGCUCCAACCUGACGGGCCACGGCUACCCCGACCCAAAGUACUUGGACAACGUGCUGACAGAGCUGUCAGCGCAGGGGGUCGGCGAGGACAACCUGAAGGACUGAAAGCUGUCUCAUCUGGUAGAAAGGAACUCCACCCACAAUGCCCUGCCCUCUCCAAGAGGACAGGGCCGCAUCCUGAAGGUCAGCGUGCAGCCGGCGCCUCUUGACGGCCCACAAACUGAAGGAUCCUGCAGGAAGAGCAGUGAAAACCCAAAAGGGUUCGGUUUUCUUAUUUGGACAUUUUUAGGUCUUCCCUCUGAGAAGUCGUGAACAAACUGUGAGGAGACACAGUCGGGUUUCUGUCCUGAUGACAUGAGCUUCAAAUGAACCAUUCGAAAGUCUAAACUGAUCUGGUAACUUUCUCCAAAAUGGUCCAAAAUUAUUUAUUUUUUCAAAGUGUGACACUGGUCAACAUUUUUUUUUUCUUGCAUGGACUUUGAGAACUGAUUGAGGGUAAUUUUGGGGUGUUGAAUCAGAAUCUGAGCUGAGAUUUCCUCUAUCAUGCUCAUUCACUCACGACUUUCACGCCACUAAUCGCACAAAAGCAGCUUCAAAAGCAGAGUUUUUAAACCAGGUUCACAAAAUGUGAACAAGAGCCAUAAUAUCAUUUAUGGCACUGAAGAGGUGAGUGAGACUGCAGCUUUUGCUUCAGUGUUUGAUAUAAGAAAUAUGUUUUUAUAUCUCAAAAACGUGAUGUGAUUGGCAAAAACUAACAGCAGAUUCGGUUUCAGCGCCCUCAAAUUACCCAAAAAUCCCAGUGAUCAGCGCUGGCUGAGAAUAAGACGCUGGGACAGAAAUCUAAUAAAUGUCUAUGAAACAACAGCAUCAGCUACAGUGUCAGAUCAGCGCCAAAACCACACUUGUGUAAAAAAUGCUUUUGGGCGUAUUAUAUUAUUUCACACGCGUAGAUAUUAACUGCGCGAUAAGUGUUUCUCACCAAUUUCAACUUCAGUUGCAGUAGAGCCUUAAAAAAUUGCAACUAAUUUGUUGCCAUUAUGAGAAAGAAAGGUUUUUUGUUUGUUUGUUUGUUUUUGUAUCUGGACCACGUCAGUGGAGCUUUGAAGGAACCUUAAAGGAGUUUUUGAUGACAUCAAGUGGGGAAGUUUUAUAUUGCAGCUGGACGCCAAUGUGCUCUCUGGACUGGAUUUUCCAGAGUUUGUACAGAUAAGAUGGGUUCAACUAACACCAAGAAACUACCAACUUUGAGCAGAAGACAAACUCCAAGUACAACCAAAAAAAACAAAAGUUUUUUUCUGCAGAGGUUCAGGCUGUUUGUCUGGAAGGUCUCACGGGGCAUUGUAUCCUAUUAGAUUCACGUCACCCACACAACUUUUAAUAAAUGGAGGGACCUUAUUCUGGGUGGGAUUAUCACUGACCUGGAGUUGGUGGCUUUUUUGUUUGUCUUUUUUAUCCUAUUGGUGGACAGGUAAGCAAACUUUAUUGAAAAGCUUGUAACAUUAUGAAUCUGGUUUUGACAGCACAAACUGGGUUAACUUUAGCUUGCCUGCUAGCACCAGUCAGUUGCUAACCGACCGUGUUUUACGAUCACUAGUCCAAACAAAUGAUGUUCGAGUGUCUCAGUCGAACAGGUGCAUCAAAAGUUGCAUGCGAAUUGGUUUGAUCAGCACUUAUCAAUUACUUUAUCAGCUACCUUCUAUGCCCAACCACUUUGCAGGUGUUAAACAAAUCCAUUUUAUCUGUAAUAACUUUGUUGUCUCUGCUACAAAUGAAAAUCUGAAAAACACAUUGCGCAUACAGCUUCUGUCGACUCUGACUGGCUGUUGGAUGGACUGCAGCAUGAAACCUUACCACUAGAUGUCAUCAAAAACUCCUUCACAAAAUGUGAAGUAGGGUCAGGAAGGCCAUCCAGUGUAAAACUUGUGCCAAAUCAGCAGAUCCACCUUGGUGGUCCUCUGUGGUGACCCUCUUUUGUAAAGAGGGAUUUUAACUACGUGAUCGCCCUCACCAGCGGACUACAGGUCUUGUGUGACCGUGACCACCCUUGCUGGGGGCCUACAGGCCUCAUGCGACCGUCACCGCCCUCGCUGAUGGACUGAAGGUGUCGUGUGACCGUGACUGCCCUCACCAUGGGUCGACGGGUCUCGUGCGACCAUGACCGCCCUCACCGUGGGCCUACAGGUCUCAUGCGACCGUGACUGCCCUUGCUGAUGGACUGCAGGUUACAUGUGCCUGUGACCACCCUCACCAGGGGCCUACAGGUCUCAUGUGACCGUGACCACCCUCACUGAGGGCCUACAGGUCUAGUGCAACCGUGACCGCCCUCACCGGCAGACAACAGGUCUCGUGCGACCGUGACCACCCUUGCUGAUGGACUGCAGGUCGCAUGUGCCCGUGACCACCCUCAACAGGAGCCUACAGGUCUCGUGCGACCGUGACAGCCCUCACCGGCGGACUACAGGUCUCGUGCGACCGUGACUGCCCUCACCAGUGGUCACGUGUGAGUACUGAUUUGUUGGUUUCACUUUAGGUUGUCUGCUGUGAUCUUGACCUUUCACCUUGACUUCAACAGGUGCAAAGCACAUCAUUGUCAGAAAAAUGCAAAUGUUGAUCGAAGCUUCUCUGGGAACUGGUUUAUUUAUUUAUUUUGGCUCUUGUCUCUUCCCCGACACUGAUGUUGUGCCUCUGAGCUAAAGAAAAUGCUGCAUAAUUGUGUAAGUGGAGUAUUUAAACCGUGUUGGGACUCAUGUCCCAGUCUGAGCUGAAGCUGGAGGGGAAUCGUCGUCUUCCAUUGCACUCUGAUUCAACACUUUUGUUGAAUUAAGUGUUUGAAUUUUAAGGACAGAUAUCUUUUUUCCCCAAGUUGAUAUACGUUUUGCAAUGAUUUGUAGGUGUCAGCUACCUUUAGCUUGAGUCAUCGGUCGUUUAUUUUUAUACUCUUCUGUGUAGAAUGUGUAAAGAUGGCGAGUGUCACACUCGCUCGUCAACAUGAACACAUCAUGUCUGGCAAAGUCACUUUGUCGGCUCAUCAGGGACUGUCGAGAUGUUGCGACACCGUGCCGACGUCUGCUGUGGUUAUUGUCCAGCUGAUCGUGUGCCGCUGAUCCUCUGUGGGGUUCCAGUAAAUCCAGUAAGUGUGAGUGAAGUGAUGGAGAUGGACAGAUGUGUUGUUUCUCUUUAACACAGCGAAAAGUGCUGUCGUCACCCAUUGAUCAGUCUGUAGCUGAGGCAGCGUUCAAUCACCAUGCUUUCAUUUCAAUGAAGCAACACAUCAGCCUGCUGUGGUUUACACCGCACUGAGGUCCACAAUUAUUGGGACAAGCCAUUCCUUUUUCUUAGAUAUGUGUUUAUCUCCCAGACAGAAGGUUAACUGCCACCUGUCCCACAUUCUGUGGUGACCCCAAGCAAAACACUGGAACAGCCAAAAAAAACUAAAAACUAAAACAAUGUAAAUUUGAAGUGUUUGGAACAUGUUUUGUUUGUUUGCUUUUUUAGGUGUUGUGACAUUUUACACAGUGACAGCUGCCAACAACUAUUUUCUGUGUAAAGAUUUAGUGGCUGAAUAGUGUCCUUUGCAUAGAAUGAAGCAGCACUCCCUCUGUGCUAUCAGCUUUUCUGCCUUCACUUUAGAUUAUCAGUCUGGCCACGUCUACAUGUUUAGUGCAUGAGGUUUCCAUGUGCGCAUGUUUGGUGUGAGGUUGCCUUUAAAAAAGUUGCUGUAUCCCCAUUUUUAAGGAGCACUGCAUCUCUGUUGAAAAAUUGUAAAUCAGAUUUCAGCAACUUUUCCAGAAAUGCAUUUAAAAAUUAAAUUUAGGGACUAAAGAACAAGAACAUGGUUGGACUAGAAUGCACAUACCUCUGACUUUUCUCACAGAGAGCUGUUAAAGGGCUCCAACUACCUUCUGCUCAAUGCUGAGGGAGGGGCUGAAGGGGGAGCGUUGUUCAUGUCCCAAAGUUUUGCAUAAGUAUGACAUCGAGUGGCAGAAAAAAAUCAUUCAUAGCACCUUCAGAUAGUUGCCGGAAACACUCAAAUCCAUGAGUGGCCUUUUCUUAGUGGGAUCCCGCAAGGGUAGAUUUAGUUUUGGUGGUGAACAAUGAAGUCGCUUCUAUCCCACACAGCUAACUUUAUUUUUACAAAUUUUUCUUCUGAUCUGAAGGGAAUCUGUACACCUUGAAGCCCUUGUUGUGUCUAUUUGUGCCUCCAAAUGCGCAACAACCCGGCAAACGCUAUUGUGAACCCAAAAUGGUACCAUGAGUCAUGUGACCAAGUUUUUUUUCCCCAACUCGUCACUACUCUCUGAAUAAAGGGACUCUAGUCUGUGAUUCCAUCCAUCCUGAAAUCAGGGUUGCUUUCAUUCAGAUCACAAUCAAAAUGGCUGCAAAAACAUGAAGUUCUGUUUUCAGCAGCAGGAUCCAAGUGCAGGAGUCGGGAUUGAACCUGUGCUCUCUGAGUGCUGUCUCCUUCCCGUGAUGCUUUUAUUCAUCACUUUUACUUGAGAAGAAACAAAGGCAGGUGUCUUAGUAAUUUUGGACUUCACUGCGGUUCCUUAAACUGGACGUUGCGGCGCUGAGGGUGGCGGCCUGUUCACGUCUCAGUCCGCCUCUGGAGCUCUGGACCAAUCAGGGAACAUCCCACAUUCGUGACAGAAAUCCAGAUGUGUGUGAUUCGUUGUGUUCGUGGCUCGAUGUCCACUUUUCAGGUGUGCACACAGUUGUGGCAGCGAACGCGUGAUGAUCAGAAACACUGAUUCAUGAAGAGAGACGGUUUUUAUGCAAUUUAACAUUUUUGAGAUCUUAUUACGUCGUAUGUGUGUCGCAGCAAAAGUCAUUUCUGAAGAAGAAACUAUUUGUUUUCAGCGAUUAUCCACACUUUAGAUACGAGAAAUGACUUUGAUUUGUAAUAGAUUUUCUUCAGGUGAAUGUUGUUGCUCUCUCAGGAUUCAUUCCUGUGGAGAUGCAGAGUGGAAGUGGGAUAAGAAGGCGUGGCUGAGUCCUGGUGGCGUAUGAAGUAAUUCCUGUAGUACUCUUACCGCAAACUGUACUGCUAACGUUUUGUGUGAAUGUGCACCGAGUUGUUGGUUCAUGUUCUCCUUAAAGUGCACAUGAACCAAACUGCACGCAGCUUUUGCUUUACGGAAACAUUGUUGCUCCUUUGGAGUUCCGGCUCCUAGUGGUCAGCACUGUGUACUGCAGCAUACUGCGGGUGGUUAGAUUAGUGCUCGCGCUCGUCAAACAUCUGAAGGUUUUGUAUUUUAAGUGCUGUUUUUAAUCACCCCAUGAUGGUGUGGUUCAUGUCUCCAGCAUCGUCUGCAUAUUGUUAUUUAAAGUGGUGCCGAAACGAUAAAGUUGGCGCACACAUCGCAGAGACGUUGAUUGAACUUUAAAGGGCUUCUUAACGAUCGGUCUGUUGCAUUGUGAUCACCCUGUUGCAUGUUUGUGUGUUUCCUGUGGCAAAAUAAAUGUGCCCUCCACAGGGGUCAAUUGUUUGA